AAAUAACAUCACCAAUUGCAGUGUACAUCAAAAAACGAGAGGAGGAACUAAUAACGCAUUUUAAGAAGAACCUGGAAGAGAAGACUCAAAUGCUGCAGGCUGACAUCAAAAAGCAGAGAAAGGAACUGAAGCUGCUGAAGGAGCAGCUUAACACAAUGCAGGCUUCCAAAUUUCAGAUGCAGCCAACCAUGCCACAACACACUGGCAAUUAUGAGCCCGAGGCUUUGGAGCCAGCUCCCAAGAAACAAUGCACUGAGCAAACGACGUCCUGUUCAGAUACCAGAGAGACCCAAAGCGUUUAUGCUUUAUGUCCACCUCGUUCAAUAAGAUUCUAUGAGUUGUAUAAAGAUCCUACACCUUUUGGUUCCUCCAGCCAGGUCCAGUUCACUGAUGCUUUUUCCCAAUCAACAGCUGAGGAACAAGAUAAAAACAUUGAGAGCCAGGAAGAAGAAAGUCAAAUUUUUGUUCCUGAGGACCAGCAGAAACAAGACAUGCCACCAGUAAUAUAUAGCACAGAUAGUGAUGUUUUUCCUGCUAGCAGUUCUUCAUCGGCUGUAUAUUCUGACUCAGAUAUAAGCACUCUGGAGACCACACUGGAUUACCUCCAACUUUGGCCUAAGAUAUAUGACCCAAAUAGCAAUAUCAAAUAUGUAGUGAAAAGUUGGCCUUGCACUGACCAGAAUGACGGCAAUUCAUCUGAGCCCAGAGUGUGUUGUUACUACUCGUGUCACCCUGUGGAAGUGGGCCAGGAGGAACUAAAUCCUGGGUACGAAACCGAGGAAACUUCAAGUCCACGGGGUUCCCAGGACACUACUGAUGAUCCAAUAGAAAAAGCCAACGCUUACUUAUCUUCAGACCAGUCUGACUCAGAUGAUUAGCUGAACCAGCAAUAUUCUCAUACAAAGCCUUGGGAAGGGCUCCUAAAGUCCCUUGGAGUUAUACUUACUAUUUUCCCCCCAUAAAACUGUUUUUGUAAUUUUUAGUUGAACACAACCUAUGUCUUUUAAGCUAUACUGCAGUAUUAUCUCUAGUGUACUAAUGUGUGACAGCAGCCAGGCCAUGGCAGGAGACCACUGUGCCAAUAUACCCUGCCCAACUUUGCACACAGCUCUUCCAAACAGGCUAUAGUGUGCCCAAGUUAAAAUGCCUUCUUUUUCUGUCAAGAAAAUAUUUCUCGAAUGUAUUGCAAUCUAGUAAGAAGCUUGUUUUGUCUUAAGCUGAAAUAAUUCUGAGACCCUGUCAAGCCCCGGAUGCUCCCUACAGUGUUACUGGGACCAGGAAACCCGCAGGGAAUAGCAUUACAAUUGU